AUGCGGCUCAUCAUCCGCGACGACGAGAAUGCGGCAUGCGCCUAUGUCGCCAAUUAUGUCGCCGAGCGCAUCAACGCGUUCCAACCUACGCCAGAGCACCCCUUCGUUCUAGGUCUUCCUACAGGAUCUAGCCCUGUUGGCGUGUACGAUAUGCUCGUUCGCAAGUACAAGGCUGGCGAGGUCUCGUUCGAAAAUGUCGUCACCUUCAACAUGGACGAGUACGUUGGACUGCCUCGAGACGACCCCCAUUCCUAUCACACCUUUAUGUGGGAGCAUUUCUUUUCCCACGUAAACAUUCAUCCUUCCAACGUCCACAUCCUUGAUGGCAAUGCGCCCAACCCAGAAGCCGAGUGCGACGCAUACGAGGACGCCAUCAAGGCGGCUGGCGGCAUCGAUCUUUUCCUUGCUGGUAUUGGCGAAGACGGACAUAUUGCUUUCAACGAGCCAGGAUCUAGUCUCGCUAGCCGCACCCGGGUCAAGACCUUGGCGUAUGACACUAUCCUGUCCAACUCUCGCUUCUUUGACAACGAUCUGAGCAGAGUGCCGAGAAUGGCCUUGACUGUUGGUGUCCAGACUGUCCUUGAGGCGAGGGAGGUUGUCGUCAUUAUUCUCGGAGCCCGAAAGGCGCUCGCAUUGCAAAAGUGUAUCGAGCAGGGCGUCAACCACAUGUGGUCGCUAUCCUGCUUGCAACUUCACCCGCAUCCAAUGAUUGUUGUCGACGAGGAUGCGACGCUAGAACUCCAGGUCAAGACGGUCAAGUACUUCAAGAGUAUCGAGAAAGUCGCUCGCGAGCAGGGAUUCGAGCAGAUUCUCCCCUCCAAAGUCCGCACCGGCAACGUCGCCAUCCCCGCGACCAAGAUUGAAAAAGUUCAGACCCCGACAGUCAUUGCCCCUGAACCCAUUGCUUCUCACCUCCUGCGGGCGACUCCCACGGGCGACUCCACCAGGAGAUCUCCCUCUCCAGACCUUGUCCCUGACCGAAUGGCAUCGCGUAUCCCCGAGCCAAGCCUAAACGGCCGGCUUACUCCAAAGCCCGAGAUGCAGAGUAAGGCAAACGGCAUCGCGGUUUAA